CGAGUAAGGCGGGCUUUGACAAACCGCCCUAGUAACAGCCGCAUGGUAACCCAGGUGCUGGGCGUGUGGUACUCGCUCUCCGUUUUCCACGCUGGUUUUGGCUCCCGGCGUCUGCAAGAUGAAGAUUGAGGAGGUGAAGAGCACCACGAAGACGCAGCGCAUCGCCUCCCACAGCCACGUGAAGGGGCUGGGGCUGGACGAGAGCGGCCUGGCCAAGCAGGCGGCCUCGGGGCUCGUGGGCCAGGAGAACGCGCGAGAGGCAUGUGGUGUGAUAGUAGAAUUAAUCAAAAGCAAGAAAAUGGCUGGAAGAGCUGUCUUGUUGGCAGGACCUCCUGGAACUGGCAAGACAGCUCUAGCUCUGGCUAUUGCUCAGGAGCUGGGUAGUAAGGUCCCUUUCUGCCCAAUGGUGGGGAGUGAAGUUUACUCCACAGAGAUCAAGAAGACGGAGGUGCUGAUGGAGAACUUCCGCAGGGCCAUUGGGCUACGGAUAAAGGAGACCAAGGAGGUUUAUGAAGGCGAAGUCACAGAGCUGACUCCAUGUGAGACAGAGAACCCCAUGGGAGGGUACGGCAAAACCAUUAGCCAUGUGAUCAUAGGACUUAAAACGGCCAAAGGAACCAAACAGUUGAAACUGGACCCCAGCAUUUUUGAAAGUUUGCAGAAAGAGCGAGUAGAGGCUGGAGAUGUGAUCUACAUUGAAGCCAACAGCGGGGCCGUGAAGAGGCAGGGCAGGUGUGAUACCUAUGCCACAGAAUUUGACCUUGAAGCUGAAGAGUAUGUCCCCUUGCCAAAGGGGGAUGUGCACAAGAAGAAAGAAAUCAUCCAGGAUGUGACCUUGCACGACUUGGAUGUGGCCAACGCACGGCCCCAGGGGGGUCAAGACAUCCUGUCUAUGAUGGGCCAGUUAAUGAAGCCAAAGAAGACAGAAAUCACAGACAAACUCCGAGGGGAGAUUAACAAGGUGGUGAAUAAGUACAUUGAUCAGGGCAUUGCUGAGCUGGUUCCAGGUGUGCUCUUCCGUUCCCUGUUGCUGUGCAGAAAGGUAUCCAUGGAGCAGACCUGGCUUCCACCACCAUUCUGGCACUUAGCUGCUGGCCUUGGGCAAGUCACAGUACUCCGGGGCUUCAGUCCUCCCGUCCGAAAGAUGGGUGGGCUGAUGAGACGUUGCCUGAGGUGUCCCCAAACCUCAGCUAAGGUCUGUGGGUCCUGGCUGUUGUCUCUUCUACUACAUGCAUUCUGAUAAACUUUAGGAAAGGGAUAGUGAAAAAAUCAACUUGAUGACAGCCAUUAGGGAGGCCACCAGCUGUAGGACAGAGGCAAUAAGAUAUGAUUUAGCAGUCAUUCUUGGUGUCUCGGCCAGCCCCUGUCCGAGGCCUCUUCUGCUGAGUAGGCAAAGCCAAGUACUCCAUCCCACCAGAACCCACAGCAGGCUGGCUCCAAAAGGGCACAGAACCUGGAGUGGGGCGAGAGCCUGUCUGCUGCAACCAGUGUGACUAGUGGCAGGUCUCCUGGGGGCUGUGGAGGCCAUAGAGAUGAUGGUGAAGCAGGGUCACACAGCUUAGAGGGGCCCCUGGAAGUGGUGGUCCUAAAACUAACCUAUAAGAGGUGAAGGAGGUGUACCUGACUCAGAGCGGAUACUCAGAAUUCUGUGCGAGCUGGAUUUGCGUUAGGCCUGAGGAUGGGAAAUGAAGCAGGUGUCUGCAGUCGGGCCUUACCCCAGGGGGCACCGUCCCAGCUCUCCCCACAGGGUUCGUCUCUUGCUUGAUCUGGAGUUGGAGCACCACGUGCCCAGGCACUUUACACUUAGAAUUUCUAGUCCUCUUCCUGGUACUGCCAGGUAGUCCUUGAUCCCCUCUCUUCCUGUGUAUGGCUCAGUCCGUGAGUGGCAAGUCCUGGGUGCGGAGCCCAGGCCACGUGCUCAGUGGUGGGUUGUGCCCUAGGUUGGUGUCCCACUGGGGCAGCAUUGCUGUGCUCUUGCCCUGCCUGGCCCACCCUUGUGCCAGAGAAUCUUGCUCCCGGCAUAGGUCUCUCACUGCGGGGUCCGUGUAGCCACAGACCAGGUGGACCAGGGCUAAACUGAUGUCUCAGCGGGCCCUGCCUGGACCCUCUCCUCUCACAGAGCACAGGCCCUCUUUGUUGGAUGUCAUGCUGGGCCUGUGGACACACUUAGCAAUGUGAUUCCAUUUGCUCCCCAUUACCUGUGAGGUGGGAGAGCUAUUGUCACUGUCAUUCUUAAAGAUGAGGACACAGAGACCCAGGCCCACUCGUCUGCCCAAGUUCAUAAAACUUGUCAGUGGCCAGUAAGUGACAAGACUGACAAACCAGAGUCCAGGCUGCCUGGUCCAGAAACCCAUGUUCUUCCUCACCGGGCCACUAGCUCCCACCUGCUAGACAUAGCUCAGUUGGGGGUGGAUUCCCUGUGGCAGUUUGUGAGCAUGGCCUUUCCUUUUGCCUCUCCGGGGCACUCCCUGGCAGCACCCCUGCUCACCAUGGUCCCCCCCCCAGCCCCGCCCCGCCGACGCUCGUUGUUGGCCAGCGCCCACCAGUGCCAUGGUGAUGUAGGGAGCUGGGGACCACCAGAGCUGUAACAGUGGGGGGCGGCUGCGGGCGCACUGUUGGGGACACAGUGUCCAUGGCCGGGGCCCUGGCACCGGAUCGUGGUCUCCGGAUCCUGGAUGAAUGGUAGGUUGAAGCCAAGGCAUUCACUGAACAGAAGCAGAAGCAGAAGCAAAGGAAAAGUUGGUUGCCCCCCCCAAACCUUACCAUGGGACAGGAGCCCUGUGUCGUCCUGCCAGGAGAGGCAGCCCCACCCACUUGAGGUGCUUUGUGGCCGAGUGACUUGAGCCACUGGCACACCUCUGUGAUCCUUGGCCUUCUUUGUCCUCUGGAAGGUCUGCUCUCUCUUUUCCAGGUUGUGAGGACUGAGGGACAGUAACCAAGGGAGGGGACCAGGCUGGCCAUCCUUUGUCCCAGCGCAGUUAUUACAGCUACUAAUGGCUUACAGGUGUUCACCACCCGCUGGGGGCCUUAUAGCAACUCCCAGUAACCAGGCUUUGAGGUUCCCGAACUACAAAGGUCCUGUGGUCACAGAGAUAAGCUGCAGAGCUGGGACCCCACUCAGAGCCAGUUCACCUUUGUUGCCUCCAUUCGACCCUGGAGCACAGGGUCCGAGCUCUCCUGAAAAGUUCUGCACUGUGCUUCUGGCUCCUGGGCUGGUUCCCUUCUUGGCUCAGUCAGGAGGGUGAGCAGAGGUCACUGCAGCUGCCAGGACGCGCAUUGCUUUGUUCUGAUGGGCUCGAGGGAUAACCUCAGCAUUUUUACUGGAGCCCGGGUAAGUUUUUAAAAAAACAAAGUAAAUAUAACUUGUGUACUCUGCCAUCAGUGCCGACACCCUCAUAAACUAUCCCUGCAGGUUAUUAAAUGAUUAAAGAUCUAAUUUAUGAACUGUCCGUUUCCGAGCAGUCUGAAACAGGAGCUCUUGGGAUUGCUCUGACCUGCUGGCAAGAGAGGGAGUGAGAGCAGAGCGGCCCCGACACUCCUGAAGCCCGACUCUGAAUGCUGUACAACUUGCUGAAGGCCAGAUGCUCUGGGCUGAAGCUCUCUCCUUGACCAGACUCUCGGAUUCAGUAUUUGCAUCUCCCUAGAGUUUCCGAAGUCCCCCGGAGGACAUUUUUCUUGGCAGGACCUGGAGGUUUCCUUAAUCCCCAGCUGUCAGGGCAAAGCCCUUUUCUGGUAGAGCACAAACCUCUCUGGCUCUGGCUGGUGUGGUCAGAGGGGACUCCUGUGGUUGGAGUCAGGAGCAGGGAUCUCUCUUCCUGCUCUUUUUUGUGCCAUCCUUAGGCCUAUCCAGUAACUUCCCUCGCCUCGGCUACAUUUAGCUUUGGCCCCUGGACAGUGGAAUUCCUCAUGCACAAGCUAAGAGUCUUUUGACAGAGGUCAUACAUGGCAGCCCACUGGCUGAAUGAAAAGUUCUAUGUAGCCAGUGCUGUGAUUGUGAGUGAUUCAAACAAGUUGCCAACAUUUAGAAAUUGGGACAUCUCAUACAGAAGUCUAAGUUUUGAGUCUCUUUGGACCAGAUGGAACUUCCCUGAAAGCACCUGCCCUCCGCCCUGCGGCACCAGCGGCCUGCGGCAACCAUGCCACCUGUCCUGGCUCGUGCAGCCUUGUCUGCCUUGGCUUCUGCCCUGGUCCAGUUCUGUGAGACCUGGCUUUCCUCUGGAGCACGACUUUCCCCAUUCACGGCAGCUGACAUGCGAGGGGCCCUCACCGGAGUUCCCAGAUGCUGAGCGGCCUGCCCCAGUGGGUCUCUGCCUCAGAGCCUCAGGGCUGGUGUGAAUUCAGAGUCUGGCUCCUGAACCUCUGGUCCCUCUCUUCCCCUUGCAAGGGUUUAGCUGGGGGCUCAGUCUUUCCCAUUUCCUAUUCCUCUACCUUGGGUGUUUUUAUGGCUUUAAUUUAAACAAGGGCUUCUUGAUAUCUUGUUUACGAAGCUGCCAAAGUGAAAAAUUCCUGUAUUAUAUGAGGCUCGAAGUCCUCGAGUUAUCUCGGCUCCCCAACACACAACAUCAUUAUCCCAGCUGCCCCUUAUCACUCAGUGCUGGUGCGCCUGCAGGAUCCUGGGGCCAUGUGUGUUACAGCGGCCCUGCCGCCAGCCCGCCUCCCCUCGGCUUCACCAGGAUCUUCACACUGCAACAAGCGUCAGCCUCUUAGUGAUAGAUUAGAUAUCUCCCAGUGAUGUUAUGAGGGCUGGUAAAUCUUUAAAAGUAACUUUUUUGAUUUAUUUAAUCAUCGUAUUUAUCAAGCAAAUAAAAAAUGUCUCUUCUUGCCUGAGUGCUUAUAGGUGGUGGUGCCCAUGCUGGGGAGGAAGGUUAGAGCCCUGGAGGGAGCCCUGGCAGGUUUCGGAGGGGCCUGUGUUCUCCAGAUCUAGGAACUGCAUUAGGGAGGCUGGGGAGGCAGGGGCUGAGCUACCCUGGUGCACACCUCCAGGGGUACCAGCCGCCUUCUAGUCACUGUGAGCCCAGGCUGUAAGCUGUUCACACAGAAUGUGGUUUGGCUAGAGCCCGAAGGUGUGCCAGCCCAGAAGUCCUGGGCGGAGGCCAGCUCUCUGCCCCUCCAGCCCGGGUUUGGGCCUCUUUAGCACUGAUGAUGCAGGACACAUGGGACAAGGUCGUUUUUAAAGCACUUGAUAAAGGGGACACUUGAGGUGAGUCACUGUUGAUCAUGGUCUUUCUCCU